CAAAGCGAAACUGGUGAUAUUUCUUACAAGGGAAUAUUACCAGAGGCUUUGAUGAACAAUUAUCUGUUUCAAUUAUAUACAACGCUGGACUACCAAUUUUGUCAAAUAAGCGUUCAAAGUAUUAAUUAGAUACAAUUCAAUCAUGGGAAAAUGAAACUAAUACGUACUUCGAGUCAUAUCAUUAGAGUGUAACAUACCAAGGGAUAGAAGCUGUAUAUCAUGUACCUCUUUGUGGAUAGUAUAAUAACGAAACAAGAAGAAGACAAAUUCUACUCGAACGAACGUAGACAAAACGUGUGGAGUACACGGAAAUUGUUACAAGGCAAAAGGAACAAUCGGAUAAUGAAUGGAAAAGAAACCCAACUCCAUUUUGUGAAAAACUCUAAGUUGUUAUCAUAAAUUAGAAGAAACAGCUGCUGAAUGUGGAAUGGAACAUACACAUGCCGAUACACAUAGUGCAUUCUUGAUUUAAAAUUAGGGAAAUAUAAGCUUACUCAUCGCAUUUUAAAAUCCAUUUCUAUGUAGGCUACUCUAAAAACCUCUAUUAUAUGUACCCUACAUGUACUUAGACGGGAUCACGAAGGACGAUAUUAAACGUAUUUUUUGAAUAAAAAGCAGUUUUAUUAGAAUUAGAAUUUAGUGAAUAUGAUUGCAACACAAUAUCUGGUACUCUCGGUGUGGUUUCUUUUAGCAAAGGGCGAAUUAAGGACGUGUCGGGAGUCAACUUCUAUAUCGUCUGCACCUGGGACUCUGGUGUCACAUCUGGGAUACGGAACCGUGACUCUGGAUUCCCCCAAAUGUGAAUGGAUCAUAACGCCACCUAUUGAUCAAUAUGUGGCGAUCGAUAUCCAAGAUACGGGAAAUGCCCAGUGCAAUAGGGAUAUAUUGAUAUACAGCCAUUUAGGUGGCAACAGAUACCCAGGAUGGUACGUCUGUGGAGAUAAUAAGACAUCAUCAGUUAAUCCAAAAUAUAUCGGAUCUGGAAUUGGGAAUUGGAUACGAAUAAAAGUUGUGAAUAAUUCGCCAGGUGCAAAACUAACGGGUUUCUCGUUGAAUUAUGACUUCAAAGAUGCGGGAUGCAGUGGCGUCAAGAAUCUUACCGAGACAGACACCAAUCAAUGGUUUGCCUCACAUCCGGGUGCUGGGAGGUGGGCUGUCCCAGCAAUUCAAAAUUGCGCUUGGAGAUUAAUAGCACCAGAGGGGAUGUAUGUAAGUCUUCAUGCUGACGUCAUAUCUCUUCAUUGUGAAAACACGUGGCAGACUAUGGCGUUCUAUGACAGCGACGGUCCAUUAGAAGACCAUCUGAUUGCUCGGGUAUCCUGUACAGGACGACUGUCUCCCAUAGCUUCUACGGGGAGAUACAUGUAUGUGAGCUAUAAGGAUCUGUGGGAAGGAAGUGGGCGUGGAUUCAACAUAUCGUAUAAAUUUCAUGAACAGCGUCAAAGUGGAUGCGGCAGUAAAUACCUCAGAGAUGAUGCUAUUGGCGUCAUCGCGUCACAUGACUGGCUCAGUGAGGUCACGUAUCAUGAUUGGUCACGGUGUAACUGGCGGAUACUUGCUCCAGAGGGCACAGGGAUCACACUUAGAUUUGAUGUAUUUGACGUGCGUUCAUCAAGUAAAAGAUGCACCGAUGACAUGCUCGUUGUUUACGAUGGUGCUCUAAAUCAUACCCAGCUUGGACAGAUGUUUUGUAAUGGUGAUGACGCUCCCCCAAUGACCCUGACUUCUACAAGUAAUGACGUUAACAUCCGGUUCAUCGCCGGAAGUAGCCACAACUUGAAUCUUAGAGGCAGAGGAUUUAGCAUUACAUACUUAAGGACGUGUAAAAAAGCCCCAGUGAUACAUGGCACCGAUAUAACCUAUGUAGACUCGAACCAGGAUGGUACAGAGACAUUCACUGUUGGCGAAGAUGUGUAUUACUCCUGUCGUAGAGGCUACAUUCAGUCUGGUGGCAACCGGGAAAGACAUUGCAGCGAGAAUGGACAAAUAACUGGAAAGGACUUGAUUUGUAGGCCUGUUUUAUGCAGUGGCGUGCCGAGAAUUCCCCAUGCUGACGUAACAUUCAUGGACCUUAAUAUGGACGGCCUGUCUUACGUAACAUAUCAGGAAGUGACGUCAUACACAUGCAAAAUGGGAUACGAAAUCUCAAGUGGAGACACACAGAGAAGAUGUCAAGAGGAUGGGACCUUUGAGGGAGAAAAUCUUAUCUGUUCUUUAAAGCUCUGCAAGAACAUACCAACAAUAAAACUCGCUGUAGCGCAACAAGUUGACAGUAAUGGAGAUGGGGAUGAUCGGCUGACGUAUACUGAGGAGGUUGUCUACCAUUGUCAGGAUGGCUACUCCCAGAUAGAUGGCAACCAGAGGAGGGUGUGUCAGGCAGAUGGUAAUUUGAGCGGAGUGGAUCUUGUAUGUAAACCUGUCAUAUGUUCUGGUGAGGCAAAUAUUACAAAUGCAGUUCAAAGAGGCUCUCUCGACCUUAACCAAGAUGGCGAACACACAGUUUCUUUCACAGAGGAAAGACACUACGCUUGUCUAGAGGGGUAUACUCGUACAUCCGGGAAUUUCAUACGUCAAUGUACAACUAACGGAACGUUCAAUGGGACAGAUUUGAUUUGUGAAGAAAUUAUUUGUCCCGAUCUAAAAGAAUACCCACAUUCAUCAUUGGAGGGAUCUGGAACCGGCAGUAGGCGAACAUAUGGCUCGGAAGUGACGUAUGUAUGUGUCAACGAGUAUAGUUUCUCCAAUGGUAGCGCAACUGUGACUCUAAAAUGUGGCAAGGAAGGAAUGUGGGAAGGAGCCAAAGUGGAAUGCACUUUAGAUAAAUCCGAUUCUGACGAGUCGUCAGAUCCACUAAUUGUAGACUGGAUUAUGAUUGUCGUAAUUUCUGCCGUGUUGACUGUUGUCGUUAUUUGCUUUGUCUGCCUCUGUAUAAUAUUACACUACGAGAAAAGACGACGCAAGGCAAGAAAACAGAAGAAAUGGGAACGAAAGUUGGAAUUGUGGGAGCGGACUAGAGAGGGAAACACUCUAAUGAGGAACGCCAACUUUUUUAACGAUCACAGAUUCUCAGCCAGAACUGCAUAUUCAACGAGCUCUUUUAAUCAUAAAAUGCGAAACAAAAUCGAUAAUCCCGAUUUACAAAAGAUUGAUACGAGCCACCCUACAUACCUCACCUAUCCAAAUCGGGCUUAUGAACAAGACUGGCCACGUGACUAUACAAAGCAUGACGUUAGUCAAAGACCACGUGGAUCACAUGCCGUUAGUAGGAGUGACUCUGGAAUCAGUCACAGGACAAAUCUUUCUGGGAACUUUCUUGAUGUCCCCUAUGCAAGUGAAAUGGACAUUGCUGGUUUAGGUGUUCACCAUAGCACACGGGAUCCUAUAAAAAAAAGCUACAACGGCAGUGUGGCAAGCUCACCUAUGGUGAGGCGACAGGAACAAGGAUAUGGCUAUCUUCACGUCACUCCAGAUUUGGUGCGAGUGAGGGAUUAUGAUAAUGACACUUAGAAUGCAGAAAUGUAAUUGAUCGGAUCACUGUAUCUGAUAUGUGAUUGUGAAAUGUGAUUUGUCAAAUGAGGUCAUAGGAUCGUGAAAUAUGAACCAUGUGAAUAUGAUUUUUUGUGACCAUGACUAAUAAACUUUGGUUAGUCGAAUGCCACAUGACCAUGGAUAAUGAACUUUUGUUGGUCAAAUUAUGUC